AUGGAGACAGGAAAAGCCAUCAUCGUAGCAGUGGCGGUGCCCGCGCGAACGAGUCUACUUCGUUGCGCAGCGAGGACGAUACUGACUCCAAAGACUACACCAACAGCCAGGCGCUAUUUUGGAGCGUCAUCGACUUGUCAUCGCCAAAGCUUGGAUCCGCGAAACAAGUUUGCGCCCAAGGAGUACCUGGGCAAGGAGAUUGUAGACGACUAUGCCAUCCUAAGAGACCAGUAUGAAACACCCAAAAACCCCAUUGUUCUGGCCCACGGCCUUCUUGGCUUUGCUGAACUAAAGCUCGCCGGUUCCUUUCUGCCUUCCAUCCACUACUGGCACGGCAUCAAAGACGCUCUUAGCAGGAGGAAAUGUGAGGUCAUUACCACCACCGUCCCUCCAAGCAGCUCGGUCGAGCAGCGUGCGGCUGAGCUGGCCCGUGGCAUUGAAGCCCAGGCCCAGGGAAAGAGCGUCAACAUCAUAGCCCACAGCAUGGGCGGUUUGGAUGCUCGAUAUAUGAUCUCGCAGCUCAAACCCGCCGGUGUGAGGGUCAAGUCGCUCGUCACCGUCGCCACUCCCCACCAUGGCAGCACCUUCGCCGACUACUUGAUGGAUGAAAUUGGCCCUGAACGCUUGCCCAGUCUUUACAACAUGUGGGAGCGCAUCACCGGCUUUGAGACGGGCGCCUUCAACCAGCUGACCAAAAGGUAUAUGACUGAAGAUUUCAACCCCAAGACACCCGAUGAUCCCGAGGUCCGCUACUUCUCGUACGGAGCCAUGGUCCACGAGAAACCACCGCUCCUUAGCCCUUUCCGCCUCUCCCACGGAAUUAUCCACGGCAUCGAGGGGCCUAAUGAUGGUCUCGUCAGUGUCCAAAGCAGCCAGUGGGGCACGUACAAAGGAACGCUCUCUGGUGUGAACCAUCUCGAUCUUAUCAACUGGAGCAAUAGGUUCCGCUUCACCUGGCAAAAGUGGAUGGGCAGGCCGCCCACGUUUAAUGCAAUUGCCUUUUACCUCGACAUUGCCGACAUGCUCGCGAAGGAAGGACUAUGA